GGUUGCUAAGAGACCGGGCUGCCACAAGCUAGGCGGAGGUUCUCUCCAGCCUCUUUUCCUUUUCUGGAUCCGCUUCAGAAUCUCCAAAAGUCAGAUGACCAUGUCCGAUGGAGAAGCUGACACCUUGCGAAGCACCUUUCCCUCUUACAUGGCAGAGGGCGAGAGGUUGUAUCUGUGCGGAGACUAUUUUAAGGCCGCCCAGAGCUUUAGCAAUGCUCUUCACCUUCAAAGCGGAGAUAAGAACUGCCUGGUUGCCCGCUCCAAGUGCUACCUGAAGAUGGGAGACUUGGAGAAAUCCUUGAAUGAUGCUGAGGCUUCACUUCAGAGUGACCCAACUUUCUGCAAGGGCAUUUUACAGAAGGCCGAGACCCUGUACACCAUGGGAGACUUUGAGUUUGCCUUGGUGUUCUAUCAUCGCGGCUACAAACUGAGACCUGAUAGGGAAUUCAAAGUUGGAAUUCAGAAAGCCCAGGAAGCCAUCAACAACUCAGUGGGAAGUCCUUCUUCAAUUAAGCUAGAGAACAAAGGAGACCUCUCCUUCUUAAGCAAACAAGCUGAGAGUAAGAAAGCCCAACAGAAGCCUCUACCCGUGAAGCAACUCUCACACAGCACCAAGCAUGAGACCAAGCGAAAGGGCUCCCUCAAGAGCGAGAAGACAGUCCGGCAGUUGCUUGGGGAACUGUACGUGGACAAGGAGUACCUGGAGAAGCUCCUUCUGGAUGAAGACCUCAUCAAAGGCACCAUCAAGAAUGGCCUGACCGUAGAGGACCUCAUCAUGACUGGCAUCAACUACCUGGACACCCGUAGCAACUUCUGGAGGCAGCAGAAGCCCAUCUAUGCCAGGGAGCGAGACCGGAAGCUGAUGCAGGAGAAGUGGCUACGGGACCGGAAACGCAGCCCCUCGCAGACAGCCCACUACAUCCUCAAGAGCCUAGAGGACAUCGACAUGUUGCUGACCAGCGGCAGCGCCGAAGGGAGCCUCCAAAAGGCAGAGAAAGUACUUAAGAAGGUUCUGGAAUGGAACAAAGACGAGGUGCCAAACAAGGACGAACUGGUUGGGAACUUGUACAGCUGCAUAGGCAACGCCCAGAUUGAGCUGGGGCAGAUGGUGGCUGCCUUGCAGAGCCACAGAAAGGAUCUGGAGAUCGCCAAGGAAUAUGAUCUUCCAGAUGCAAAAUCGAGAGCCCUUGACAAUAUUGGCCGAGUUUUUGCCAGAGUUGGGAAAUUCCAGCAAGCCAUUGACACGUGGGAGGAGAAGAUCCCUCUGGCCAAGACCACGCUAGAGAAGACCUGGCUGUUCCACGAGAUUGGACGCUGUUACUUGGAGCUGGACCAGGCGUGGCAGGCCCAGAGCUACGGUGAAAAGUCCCAGCAGUACGCCGAGGAGGAAGGGGACCUGGAGUGGCAGCUGAACGCUAGCGUUCUGGUGGCGCAGGCCCAAGUGAAGCUGAGAGACUUCGAGUCAGCUGUGAACAACUUUGAGAAGGCCCUGGAGAGAGCCAAGCUGGUCCACAACAAUGAGGCACAGCAUGCCAUCAUCAGUGCCUUGGACGACGCCAAUAAGGGCAUCAUCGAGGAACUUAAGAAAACUAACUACAGGGAGAUACUCAGGGAAAAGGCGGAGAAACAGGAGGUCACCGCACUGAUGGAGUUGUCAGGGUCGUCGUCAGAGAAGGAAGCAGCGAGGCGAGCUCGAGAAGAAUCGGAGAAGGUGGGAAAGGAUCUGACAGAGAGCGAGAGAGACACCACGGACGAGGAGGGGUCGAAGCAGAGAAUGGAGGAACAGGACACUAAAGACUCCGGAGCACUUACCAGAAAAGUGUUAGGGGACAGCAGGGCGCCAGACGAAUCGAUCAGGAGGGAGUCCAAGGAAAUUUACAGAAGGCUCUCAGAAGACUCCAGCCACACGGUCUCAGAAAAUUUAAGCCUAAAGGAUCUAAAACCAGAGAAGAAAAUGGCAGAAGUCGCCAGAGGGGAGGUUGAAAGGCUGGAGAAAACAGAGGGAGAGGACAUAAAGAAAGACUGAGGUGCUUGGCAAAGGAAUGGAGACUUGCUUAGUAGGCAUUAGGUUCAGGAGGACAGUGUUCCUAGGCGAGAUGUUUUUGACAGGAAAA